AUGUAUAGUUUAGCAAUAAAGUAUAAUGAAGGCCACUCUUUAAGAGAUAAGGGAAAUAAUGUUUCACCAGCAUCUCUUUCAUUCCAUUCAUAUUAUUUAGAUCAUUUAAGUAAUAACAAUCCUUAUGGAUCAUUAAUAAAUUGUUUAAAAUUAAAUAAUCAUAAUGUAGUUGUUCACAAUGACAGCGAUCCAACCAAUCAAUCUACCGAUAAUAGAAUUUUAAUUGGAAGUACAGAAUUAUUGAAUAAUUUAAAUCUUGUUAAACAUCAUGUUGCUAAAAGAAACCCAAUAGUACUAGUAAAUGUUAAUAAUAAAGAAAAAGAAAAUUUUUGUGCAUUAUUGGAUAAUGUCUGUAUUGAUGGCCACAGUAAUAUUUUAGCUUAUAUUCCAAAGUCUUCUAAAGAUGAUGUUGAAUAUCAUUCAACUUUUCAUUGGUUAAAUGAAUCAGAUUCCACUAUUACCACUUUCAAUGAUACUUUUGGAGAUUACUCAUCUUUUACUCCUUCUUAUGCCGAUAAUCUCGAGUCUUUAGAGUCCAUAGUAGAUCUAAUGGUUAACAAUUUAAGAGGCACUGGUUCUGAAGGCGAUGAUGGACCAUCUGCUCCAUUAACACCACCAAAGAAUGCAUCAAUUCCAUUCAAAUAUUUUGAAACCACAAUGGCCAAAUCAUUUGAUGCAAAUAUCAGUCCAUUAAUGAGCAGUAAAGUUUCAAAACAAAGUAUUAGUUUCUCUGUUACUAAUCAGGUCUAUCUCUAUAAAGAUAUACCAAAUAAAUGCAUCUACUCAUUAUUCUAUCAAACAGGCUAUAUAUUCCCAUCAAAGCUCGGUAUUAAUGAUCCUCAUAAUGCAUUAGGUAGUUUUACUACAAGCUUUGCCAUUUCAAAUACUCCAACCAUUGAUAGUAAUGUCCCAAACUAUAGAACAUUUUCAGUUCUUUCUUCGUCUCCUCAAACUGUUGAUCAAACCCAUACCGUAGAAUCCACUGUAUCCACCGAAAUGUCUAUUGGUGUUAGUUUUGAUGUUACACCAGAUGGUCCAGGUGGUGGUAUUUCUUUCUCUGAUACUUGGUCCUCAUCUCACACUGUCUCAAAUAAUAUCAAUGAUUAUGGUGUAAAUGAAAUGACUGAUCCUUACACUAGUGUUACAUCCUGGGUUUACCAUCAACAAUAUCCUUGGGAUGUUUAUACAAGUGGUGUUAAUAAUUUUAUUCAUUGGUAUAAAUCUGCUUAUGAUUCAAAUGGUAAUGUCGCUCAACCACCACCACUCUCCACAAGUACCCUUCAAACUGCUACCAGUUGGAAAUGGAAAUCAAGUUUAGAUUUAAUCGAUUCCAAUCAAGAGUUAAACGUUCAAAUAUCUCAUCUUAUCGAUUUAUCUUAUUGUUUAGUCCAAACUCCCUCAUUCCUCAAUCAAGAUAAACAUCACAGAUUAUAUUAUAAUAACCCAAAAUUCUCUUUUAGUUUAAAUUAUAAUUUUAACGACUUUAAUUAA